AUGGAUGCUGCCUUGGUGAAGCAGGUCACUGCCUUGAAGGAUGACCCUCACUUGCCCAUCAACCUGAAAUGGACACAGAUCAAAGCUUUGCUGAAAGGGGCUGGGCUUCUCUGGACUUCCCAAGAGAAGCCACAAGCCUUUCUGUGCCACCCAAGUAACCGUGGUGGACUCAUGCUGUCAUGGCAUGACAUGCAUGCAAAGGGUGGUGCAAUUCUUUCUCUAGGCUUUGACAAGGAAAAGCUGCAAAGGAGUGUUGCUUUUGAGAUAGCAGCUGAUGCUGCAACCAGGGCCAGACAGUUCUUAGCCAACAAGGAACUCACAAAGCAAGCACAAGGGCUGGUGGCCCCUGUGACUGGGGCUGAGCGGUUUUUGACUGUGAUGCAAACUGUUGCACACCUGUUUGCCCAUGCUGAGAAAAAGGGGCAAGCAAACCUGAAGCAAUGCUUGGAGCAGGCUUUGGCCAGCAAACCCAGGUGCAGUGGCUACAUGGAGGCCAUUGGCCAUUACAUCACCAACUAUGGAGGUGGCAGUGAUUUCUGUUGCAUUGCUGUCCUUCAGCACAUCAGUAAGAGCUUCAACACCAGCCUGCUGAUAGGAGAAGAACUGAUGUCAUGCAUCACCUUCUUGGAAUUCAAGAGCAACCAGACUGUGUGCCCCUGGGUCAGGGCUUCUGCCUUGGCUUGCAUAGUCAGCAGCCCAAAGAGUGUAGAUGGCUUUGGAAAGAUUUUGUCAAAGGCAGACUUGGAAAGGCUGAAAAGCCCACUGCUGAAGCCAACUGUGACUACUGCUGAAGAGCUCUUGAGCUUGAACUGGAACUUGCUGCAGGAGCAAACCUUUGCUAAGAGUCCUGAAGGCUUGUCCCUCAUGGGCAGAUGCAUGGUUCGCAUGAUGCUGCACCUGACAAAGAAGGAAGCAAAGGGCAGGGACACUACAGUGUGUCCAGAUCUUGCUGCUAUCUCCUCACUUUUUGGACAAGAGCUGCUUGAACUACAGCAGGGCAAAGGCUCUGUGGCCAAGCCACAAGCUGGAAGUGGCCAACAAGACCAACCAGUGCAACCACAAUCCUUGGAGGGCUUUCUUGCACACUUAGGUUGGACACCUCCAGGUGGGCAAGGCCAGCACACUGCAUGGAGCAUGAUGCAGGAUUCUCACAACAUGGUUCACCUGCUGCAGCAGAAGCACAAGCUGGAAGUGGGGUCUCUUUACUUCUACAGACCCAAAGGCUUCAAAGGUGAUGUGGCUGCCAAGCUCUCGGAAUUUGUGAGCUUGGAUGGCAAUGGUGCCAAAUUCAAGCAUGCCCCUUUGAUUGGGGUGCCAGAGACCAUGGACUUGGAGCAUGAUGACUUGAAGAGGCGGAAACUUUUUGAGAAGAAGCCACCAGUGGCACUGACAGAAGCUGACCAAGCUAAGCUGGACCCUCUCACCUCUCAACAAAUGAAGGAUGAAGUUUCCAGCGCUGAAGCACAGAGUGCUUUGUGGAAGUACUACCAAGAGCAUGCUUCUGAACAACAUGCAGAUUUCCUUUUUGCAGCUCACUUUGGUGGUGUGCUGAGCAAGAAACCCUUUGCCAAGAACAAGCUGAAGCUUUUUCCAAUUGGGGCCUUCCUGCUCACCAAAGAGGCAAAGCCUUCCAUGGCCAUAGUGGCAGGGCAUGGCCUGCAGCUGCAAGUGCAGCCACCCAAAGUUGAUAUGGACAAUGUGGCUGGUGCUGCUGUGCCUUUCUUUUUUGUCAAGGGCACCACUGAAGCUGCAAAAGCAAACAUGGAGUUUACCACUGUCAAGGUGGGGGAAUGGCAGGUCCCUGUCUGCAAAAACAAAGAGAAAAUUGAUGUUGGGGACCAGCUUUUGUUCUACAGCCCAAAAGAAGAGGGUCAGCAGCAGCAGCCCACCAAGAAGCAAAAGACUUGA